AGGAAACAGGUGUGUUUGACCCAUCCCAAAAUCAUGUACUCUGUGUAUGGAAUACUGCGCAGAAAAUCAAUAAUUGGCGAACGGAUUGCGAAAACAAUAGGGAAUUUCGAAAAUAAGUUGUAUCCAGAUAAAUAAAAUUAUUUUCACCGUAAGUCCAACUGACGGUGACAUCGAACUAUGGAGUACCGAUCUAUGCAAGAAUCAAUAUCAAGGAGGGAAAUAACCGAAAAUGACGCUAUGAUGGAAUCUAAGAAUUCGAUGAUUCACGUGGUCUCAAUGAUAGAAUACUUGAACAAAAAGAUGAAAUUGGAGCAGUAUACAGAAGUAAUGGACAUCCUAAAAAGUAUCCGAAACAUGAAAGAUCCAGAACUGGUAAAACUUUGGGACGAGGCAAUAGUUCAAAUACAUUUGCGCCGAAACAACCUCCCCAUGUCACCGAUAAACAAGUUUCGAGUUCGUCAAAGGCACCCACCACCGCCGGGAAUCUGCGAAGACGGACGGGGACGCCAGACGCGCAUGCUCCGGAGUUCCCGGCGCGUGCUCGCGGCCUGGUACCAAAGACACGCCCUCAAUCCGUAUCCUUCGGGGACGGAGAAGCGGAAACUGGCGCUUGAGGCGGGACUUACUUUAAAACAGGUUUCCAUGUGGUUCACCAACAAGCGUAGACGAAGGCGGCUGCAGGAUUUCCGCGAAGACGAAAUUGGGAGUGCAAGUUGUUCAGUAGGUCAAGGUCACUCAUGUGCGGAAAGUAGUUGCCACGUGGUUACAAGUACAGAACUCGACGAAAACAACAAUUGUGCUAGAUAUGGUACAAGUAAUAUUUCAUCAAUGGUUGGCAAUUGCUCUGAAUGGGUAACACGCGGUGAAAAUACUGGUUCGUGUAUAAAGUCCUAUUUAAAAUCGUUCCUGGAAAAGCGCAUGCAAAUAGACGAACAGCAGACGUGCAGUACAACACAGUAUUGUCCGUUGGAUCAGGAGGAACAGGGAAAUAAAUUUAGAGAGGAAUUCAAUCCUUGUACAGAAAUUUCGAGUUCAACCUCCAACAUUCAGUUUUCAAUAUUUGAUGAACGAAUUACGGCUGUCGCAAAAAGGCUGUCCUCAUAUUGCGAUGAAACUAUAAACCUUUCUCUAAAAGAAAGUAGGUCGAUCUCCAUGACAACGCACGAUCAAGAAUUUGCCAUGGGGACUGGCAGUGAUGAACAAUAUCAUUGGUCUAAUGCUGCUAACAACAGCGCAUUGUACGACACUGCACUUAGUACCCGUUUCUAUGGCGAUUGUUACCAUGGCAGCAACAAUAACAAUGGAGAUAAUGAAGAUGUAGAAAUAGCGCAAUUUUCACAAAGUGCUCAGGCAAGGGAAGACUUGCAUGGUAACAAUUACAACCAUUUAACCAUGAGCCAAGAAGUGCAUCAUGGUAACAUGGAUUAAAGCUUCAUCAAAGACAAAGAUGCUUCUAUAGAAGAAGUUUUGCCACCUAAUGCCUCAAUAAGUUUCGAUUAAAGAUGCAUCUAUAUGAGAAGUUUAGAUGCCUGGUGCCUCCAUUGAGGUUUUCAUUUCAGAUGUCUCAAGCCAAGUUUGGAUUCCUUAAACCUGUAAAAAAGCUUCGAAUCCUGGACUGAUAACACCUCAUUCUCUGUCUGUAAUUUAAAAUUGGACCAGUCCUUCCAAGAAAAGAUGGUCUUGAAUUUUUUACCUUUGAUUGUGAAAUGGAAAGGAGGUCAUUAUAAUUGCACUGAAAAAGAGACAGUCGUGUAGCUGGUUACAAACAAUACCUAUGAUAAAUAACUUCUCUGUCGUACCAUAAUUUGAUGUAUUAUUCACGUUAAUUCAUGUAAGACGUUAUAAUGUUACAUAAAUUAUCAAAUAGAAAAAAAUGUUUCAACAUGUCAAACUGGAAGUAAUUAACCUAAAAAAACGGUAUUUUAUAUGAGUUCUAAGAGCUUUUGUACAUGUUUGUCUUUUUUUUUUCAAAUGUCAGUUUUAAACAAAUUGUUAGUUUUACUACUUUCAAAAUCUGCUUUUUUACAUUUAGAACGAUGUUUACAUGUUAGUUAAGAAAUUACAAUAUAAAUGUUCUAUAAAGAAGAAAUUAUUUUGUUUACACAUUUUGAAGUGGUACCAUGCAGUCAUGUUGAAUUAAUAUGUAAAACUCGCGCACUGAAUUAAUAUGUAAAACUUGCGCACUUGUUAUUUUAUUCAUCUGUCCUUUUUCUGAUUUUUCUUUUUUUUACCCACAAGUUACAGUUGAAUUAGCAACGACAUCUUAUGUACAUUUUUACAUAGAACAUGUUUAAUGAAUUGUUGUUUUGCAUUAAAUAUUUGCCCCUAAUCUACAACAUUAAUAUUUUCUAUUUUACACACACUGUCUAAUUGUUUAACACUUGUUAAUCAUUUUAUAGUUAUUGAAGAAAUCACAUCAAUGUCGUUUUGUUUUGCAUUAAAUAUUUGUUUCUAUUCUACUACAUUAAUAUUUUCAAUUUUACACAGUCAUAUUGACUAAUUGUUUUACACUUGUCAAUCAUUUUAUUGUUAUUGAAGAAAUCACUUAAAGAUCAUGUUGUUUGGUUAAUAAUGUUUAGUUGCACAAUGUAUUUUGCCUUUACACAUGUUGAUUUGUUGCUAAA